AUGACUUCCAAAUUAGAUUGCAAACCCCAUUGCUUGGAGACAGAUUCUGCGGAUUCUACGUCGGAACCUGUCCCUUCUAGAUUGGCUCCCGCUGCAAAUUUUAUCUUGUCAACAGGCACACGAGCAACCUCAGGCGAAUUCAUGAAUGCAGGGAGGUCAGUCCAGAACAUCUCUUCACCUUUCCUACUAAACUGGAACAAAUGGAAACACCCAAAGUAUGCCAAUUUUACCGAACGUUAUGCCAGCUUCAGCGAUUGGCCAAAGUUCCUCAAAGGUCACAAUAAGAAGGACUUGGCUAGAGCUGGUUUCAUCUACACCGAAAUUGGAGACAGAGUCACCUGUUUUUCGUGUGGAUUGUCUCUCAAGGACUGGGAACCCUUCGAUGAUUCCUACAGAGAACAUUUCCGUUGGUCAUAGAAUUGUGUUUAUGCUAACAUGGUGUCAGACGGGAAAGACUAUUGAGUUAUAUAUGUUGUAACAUUAUUCUUACAUCCUUGUUAGAAUAAAAUCAAAUGUAAUUAUUAUAUUAAACAAAUUUCCGUUUGACCUGGUAUUUAUUUCAUAAGAUGAAAUCAGUUAAAUGUUAUAAACCAAUCAGACAAAUAUUCGGAAAUGACAGUGUUUCCGAUUUAAACUCUGUU